AUGACAGAGCCCAGGAUUCUAAAAUGGGAAUUUACCAAUGCCGCGGAUGACGAUUGGGGGCUUAAUGAAAGCCGAGGUUCUGCCUGCGAAUUUGUUGCCUGGCAGUUUUUGUGCCAUCUAAAUCAGCAUGAGACCAUUGAGUUUCUGCUGGAAGAGCUUCCCAUUCCACGGCGCAAUUCCACAAACCUCGUGGAAGCGGAGAUGGGCACCUCGAGCUUUGCAUCCACUCGAGGAGACCCGCAAUAUAGGGAGGGCGAAAGAACUCCUCUUUUAUUGGGCUCAUCUUUUUAUCCCCUCUUUGGCGGGAAAUACGAUCUUCAGUCUGCUCGUGACUACGGCGGCACACCAGCUUCGUACCAGGAAGCCCUGACCACGCAGAAGUUCUCUCAAUUCUUCGGAUUGAAUGCGCUGGAGAUUGCAGCUAUUGCUCAUGCGAAGCGCUUUCUGGGCCAGCGGGUGGUUCAGCGAGUGGUUGAUGAUAUCUGGAAUGGAGAAAUAGUCUUUUGGGACUCACUAACUGUUCAUUCCACGAAGAAACCACAAAUGUUCAACCCACGGGUGCCAGUCUACCGCAAAGUGUUUGAAGCGGCAUUCUUUGUUUCGUUUUUGUUCCUGUACUAUGCGGUCCUGGUGGAGAGAAAGCAAACCUCCAUUGGGAUGUUCGAGGCGAUGAUGGAUGUUUGGAUUCUCGCCUUUGCAUACGACGAACUGAGUGGCAUUUUUGAUGCCGGGGUGCUUUUCUACCAAAUGGAUUUCUGGAGCCUCUGGAACUGGGGCAUCAUCGGCGCAGGACUUGCCUUUGUCAUCACCAGUGAGUCAUGCAAUCGUUCAACCUGUCUUAUUAGUCUUGAAGAGUUCGGUGGGCUCUUUGAACUGACGGAGGCGUUGUAG